AUGAGUGCAGAAGAGAUAAAGACAAUAGGCUCCGUCAUAAUUCUGGACCAAGUGAUCGGUCUACCAGAAAAGGAGAAUUUCAUUCUUAUCUUGGACAAUACGACGAUGUCGUUAGUAAAUUCUGUUUGUGGACAGUUCGCCCUUUUUGAUAACGGUUGUAUCUUAUUAGAACACAUCGAAUCAAAAAGAGACUAUGUUCCGGGAGUUUGUGCCAUUUAUUUUGUUGAGCCCACAAGUAAUAAUGUUUCCUUGAUAUUGGAGGAUUUUAAGGAGAUCAAGUCGUUUAUCGGUGCUGAGGGUUGUAUUGACCGAAUCACCUACUGCGGAAUGGAGGAUCAGAGUGGAGAAACCGUUUUGUAUGACAAGGUGGCACUACGUUUCAAAGGAGGUUUCCUUGUUUUAUUUUUUUUAUCUAUUCAGAUCUAA